GGCGCAUUUCGAUUGCCAGCCGGAGCACUAGUUCGACACAAGACUCAGUAGGUCUAACGUACGCGCUCUGCUGGUAUGUUCUCAACUAGAGGCAUCCCGUCUGUACAGUGAAAAUAUUUCGUCGCUCACUCGAGACUUCCGGAGGCACCGGACGAUCUGAGCCGCCCAGCAUUGGACUUCACACUUCUGUACACGUCCGUCAAAAAGUAUAAAAGUGGGAAAGUGUAAGAGUGAGGUUAUAUGAAGUGAAUGUGUAUCCGUAUCCCGCCUGACCACAAAAAUGCCCUUAUUCGGUGGGAAAAAGGACUCUGCUAAAAAGUCGAGGAAGGAAGGAAAGGAUGCCGACAAGACACCCUCGGUGGAGGACAAGUACAUCCUCAAGGAAAUGCUGGGAACAGGAGCGUUCUCCGAGGUUCGCCUGGCAGAAAGCAAAGACCACCCGGGGCAGAUGUUCGCCGUCAAAAUCAUCGACAAAAAGGCUCUAAAGGGUAAAGAGGACUCACUGGAGAAUGAAAUCAAAGUGUUGCGAAGGUUCAGUGAGUCUGUGAAGCAGUCCGGAGAAAGCUUAGAAGAGCCCUAUAGGCUAACGCAUCCCAACAUCGUUCAGCUCUUAGAAACCUUCGAGGAUAAACACAAAGUCUACUUAAUAAUGGAACUCGUGACCGGCGGAGAACUGUUUGACCGAAUAGUUGAAAAGGGCUCCUACACUGAAAAGGACGCGUCUGACUUGAUUAGACAAGUUUUAGAAGCAGUAGAUUACAUGCAUGAGCAGGGAGUCGUCCACAGAGAUUUAAAGCCAGAAAACCUUCUCUACUACAGUCCAGAUGAAGAUAGUAAAAUAAUGAUAAGUGACUUUGGUCUUUCCAAGAUGGAAGACUCGGGAAUCAUGGCUACAGCUUGUGGGACUCCUGGCUAUGUAGCCCCAGAGGUGCUCGCCCAGAAACCGUACGGCAAGGCUGUCGACGUCUGGAGUAUAGGUGUAAUUUCAUAUAUUCUGCUUUGUGGUUAUCCACCUUUUUAUGACGAAAACGAUGCCAACCUUUUUGCACAAAUAUUGAAAGGUGAGUUCGAGUUUGACUCUCCAUACUGGGACGACAUCAGUGACUCAGCAAAGGAUUUCAUCCGACAACUUAUGUGUGUCGAUGUUGACAAAAGAUUUACCUGCAGACAAGCCCUUGCUCACCCAUGGAUUUCUGGAAAUGCCGCUAGCAACAAGAACAUUCAUGGAACUGUAUCAGAACAGCUCAAGAAAAAUUUUGCCAAAUCUCGAUGGAAGCAAGCUUAUCACGCAGCAACUGUGAUACAUCAGAUGCGGCGCAUGGCCCUCAACAGUGGCGCUGCCGCCAGUAACCCUUGAAUAUGUCCACAUCUUGUGUUAUAUAUAUUUACUAUUGAUUAUCCCGUAAGGAUUUGAUUUGUUAUUUAUUUUUAGUUCUGUAUUAGUUUUAAGUUAUUCUAGACAUUUAUAUCAAGGAUAAAUUAUAAUGGUUUUGAUAAAAAUUAAGUGUCUUGCAUUAUAAAGGUUUUGCAUUAUUUACAAAUAUAAGCAUAACUAAAUUAUUUAGGUGACAUGGAAAUAUCCAUGGAAAAUACUUAAUUUGUAAUCAUUUGUAUGAUGUUAAGAAACAAGUUUUAUCAUAGAUGAAUCAAUAAAAUAAAUAUUUGUGUGAGGAAAUGGUUUUUGAAAUACAUAAUCUUUGUACUGAGAAUUGAAGAAAUUGUAUCAUAACUUUUGACUGUUUAGCUUAGAAAGUGUGAAUUAACCUGAUUAAGAAUUUUUUACCUUUUGGUAUUAAAUUCUAAUUUCCCUAGUUCAAUGGCCUCAUUAAUCAUUAUGCUUUUCUGGAUUCACAUGUGUUAAAAAAAAGAAAAUUUACUUAAACAUAUAAACUAGGCAAAUAGUUUUAUUAUAAAUUAUUUUAAAUAACAUAAUAUGCUUAAUAAACAUUAACGUAUGUGUUUACUAAUUUUAAUUAUUUUCCAAAUAAUCUGUGUGUAUGUACAAUUUCUACAGUUAUAAUGUUUUUAACAAGGCUCCAUGCUAUAAUUAUUUUAACUAUGUAACACUUUUAAUUUUGAAUUCACUUACUUUUAUAAAAUCUCAUUAUAUCAUAUAUAUAUAUAUACAAUUUACGUUAAUAUAUUUAGGCAAAUGAAAUUAUAAUUUAUUUGGGUUCAGCUCGGAGCUCGAGUUUGAGAAAUAGAAUCUCGUUUUCAGUAAUAAAUAAUUGUAUAAAAAAAUAUACAACAGUAUGUUAGUGUAGUAGGUUAUGGUAAAAAAACCAUUUCCAUAAUUAGUAUAUAAUAAGUUGUAAAGUUAUUGAUUUAUUUUCAUACUUAUUUUGCAUACAUAUUUUAUUUACGUAUUAUCUACUGUAACAUGAUUGCCAGAAGAAGCUCAAUGAUGGUUUAAACUCUGGCGUCAAUACUGUUCACUGUAAUUAAAUCAUUAAAACUCUGUCAUCAAUUAAGGCCCACAAUACGCGGACAUUGAAAUUCAUUCCAUCCUCUCAUGUAUGUUAAAAUCACUGGUUGUAUUUCCUUGUGUUUGGAUAGUUUACUGAAUAAAACCAAAAGCAUUUAAAAUAAUCAAUUAAACUGUGAAAAAUAAGAGUACUUGCAAGUGUUUUCAUAAAAACUAAAACAUUAAUAGGAACUCAUCAAUUCACCAAGGAGUGAAUUUUCUUUGAAAAUUAACUUGUUUACACAACUGUUGCAAAUGCCAUGAUAUUGAAGUGAGUUAAGGCAUGACCUUGGUGACAACUUCAACGAAGCACUGUAUGGCAUACAUUUUGAUAUUUAUCUAGAGUACUUUUGUAUAUUACUCCGAACUAUACGGCGGAAUAUUAAACAAAUCUGUGCUUAAAACUAUUGAUGAAUAUUUUUUAACUUCUGCUUUCACUGUUGGGUGUCAAUCACAAUUUUGAAAGCAGUUGCACCGCUGUUGUAACGUAUGUGUUACAUUAUGUUGGAGAAUAUGUCAAACGAAAUAAAAAACAUGGAGUUUAUGAAGUUAUAUAUUUUAUUACAACUAUGUAAUAAAUAAUUUUCUCAUACCAACACAGAUAAAUUGAGAUAUUUUCUCACUUUCCUAAAUAAAAAAUAAUCAAUUACGUUACUUUUUUGGAACAUUUCUCUAUUUUAAAACUGUCCCAAAGACUUUUUUAUUGUUGUUUUUCAUGUCGUAAAAUUUCUUACAUUUAUUUUGUUUUGCCCAGAAUUAUACCUUGUUAAUAAGUUUCGACAGUUAUUUUAAUUUUAAACGCUUGCAAUGCAUCUCUUUAAAAUUCAGCUGUUACACCGUUUUAAAGUUGAAUGCGCACUGCAGUAUAAUUUAUAAAAAUGUUCUUAAAGUGCCUGACUUUAUUAAUUUGAAUUUUACUAAAUUUGAAAAUAACCAUGUGUAUAUAGUUUUAGAAUAUGUACUCUAUAUUAGUCAAACAUUAAGCGUUGCAUUAUCUUUAUUAAAUAUCCGUACGUAGCAUUCAGAAAGAUCGAGAAUGUUUGUCGGAAAUAAGUCAUAGAUUUGCUAGUGAGUUAAGAAACUUAGUUAUGGUACUGCAACUAAGUGCCAAGCUAUUACCAGGAAUACCAGGGAGCAACAUAUUUUGUUGAUCGUGAAUUUUAAAAAUAAUUCUCCUCAUAUUAGAAUUGCCUUCCAUAUACAUGAUUAUUGUUAGCAUUAGCUCAUAAUAAAAAAAUUAACAAUAUGUACGUAUGUAUGUAUGUUGUGAUACUGAUUCGUAAACCAAAGAAUUUCUUUACUAGGUUUUCCAUAUCCGUGGAUGCCAAAAUACAUUUUGAAUUAUGUCAUUUGAAUUUGGGGGAUAGAGAUGAAGGUCGAGUUUUAAGGUUGUACAAUUUAUGUUAAUUAGUACAUCCACCAAGUUUUAUUUAAUCAAUUUCUUUUUCUAUACUAAUGAGUAGGACGUAAUAAACAUGAAAGAGUUGUUCCAUUAUGCUCAUAACUGUAUGAGAUGGAAAUGGCAUCCUCCUAAUUAUUCUUCCUUUCAUGUACACGGUAUAUUGCCCAAUAGCACAGUGUAGGGGGUACUGCUGAUGCGAGUGUGGCCGUUGGUGGUGGUUCGGAAGUCACCUCUAAGCCGUUGGUCCCCAGAUUAAGUGUCAGAGAGGGCUUCUUGGCCCUAACUUAGCCUGGUGAAAAAACACCCUUUACUAUUAUUUAUAUAUUAAUAACCAUAUGUCUGGUUUUUGUAUUAUAUUACCUAAUUAAUUAUUUGUUGACUUACCCCAAAUGGUAAAUCACAAUGUUUCAAUUUUAUCUAUUAAAUCAUGUAGAAAAAAUUUUAGUACAUUUAAUGAGAGAGUUUUAGAAAUUUUAAUUUUGUUAAUACAUAUAGAAUACAUUUUUCGUUUGGAAAGGAAAAUGUUGCAAAUGUAAACAUUUUAUUCUUGAAAAUGUUUACAAGAAUAAUCUGCUUUAAGCAUUUUUUUAUUCCUCUGGUGUUCUUUUUGUUGACCACUUACAGAUAAGAACAAAUAACUCCUGAGUUUCGCCUUGAGACCGCCAUAAGACACAUUGAGCAGAUCAACCUCAUCUUACAUAUCAACUGAGACGUUAUAAUGUACAAUACCUAUAUAUCACUAUAGUAAUUCAUACACUUGGCCUCGGUACUCAGCAAUAAAAUUAUGUAAUAAAAUCCUACCAAAUCUGAUAGUCCUGGAUCUGUACAACAAUUUUAAAGCUGACCUAAAACACAAUCACUGCUCAAACAUACACUGCUGAUAACAAAAUCAGAGCUCAGAUCCAUAUUUUAUACUAGAAUUAGUAGUGGUUUCAUUUUGUAAUGAAGAUUUAUUAAGCACAUGUUUGCCAAAGCUAAUUUUUACAAGUAUAAACUGAUCUUACUACAAAAAAUUAACUGACAUGAAAACCCUCCAUCUGAGUUAUAGUCAGGAUAAUGCAACAGAGCAAGAAUUGUAAAGAUAGAUGGGCAUUAGGGGGAAUAAAGCACAGUGGAGACUUAGAAUUAUUCUACAUAACGUGAUCUCUUAUCAACUUCUGUACUUUCCUGGUGCAUUGUACAUGAUAUAGAACAUAUAAUAGAAUCAUCCAUUUUAAUGUAUAAAAUCGAGAAAAACGUUUAAACCAUUAUUAUUCAAAAAGUUUGUUUUUCAUGCUUCAAAAUAAUCGUCACCCAAUACUUUUUAUUCCAAAUUUCAACAGUGCACGUCAUUUAAAUAAAAGUCCAAUUUGAUCAUUAUAAUCCAUAUCAGUCUUAAAUUUGACGUUUAGAUGUAGCUUUAAACAUAGUGAUUUAAUUGUAUAAAUAAUGUGAAAAAAUUAUUACGUUUUGUAUUGUUUUACAGGUCAAACAUAUAACAGGUUAAAGAUAUAAAGUAGUUGCACCAAAUUGUUUUACUACCGCUGGUUUUCACCGUCCAUGCAGUUGUUUACUAUAAUCAGUUUUGCCAUGUUAACGAUGAAAGAACGAGUUUUUAUAUUUGUGUGGAUUAAGAGCCAAAGAUAUUUUUUGAUAGUUUUGCUCCUUUGGUGACAAUGUACUACUAAAGCUGUCCAGUAGUAACAGCUGUUUCUGUGUAGUACAGAAGUAGUGAGGGGAAGUCAGUUCAAUUUUAUACUGCUGUAGAAAGCCAGGCAUCAUCCAUAGCAGAACUUAUAUUGGUUUAGUGGUAAUUCAACGUGAAAGCAUGAAUGGGCAAACACAAUUUUCACGAGUAAGUUUGGAUUUUAUUGUUAAAAUAAUCUGUCAGGUCAAGAAUUUAAGAGGUAAUCUGUAAUAUAACAACUGUAGUAGUUUCUUGGACGGAGCCACUAAGAAAUACUGCAAGCAGAUCACCUGCCCACCCAUUGGUGGUGGUUCAAAGUCACUUUAACCCUCUGGUCAUCACGUGGAGGUCCCCUAAUUUUAUUUCAGUCUGCGCUGCUUAUAAACAGAACAUGUGUUAUAUGUAUGGCAUCAUAUGUUGUUUAUAAAAUUAACUGUUUCCAGUUGCUCAAGUUCAAUAAAAUUUCAAACUCAUUGUUGACUGCUGAUCGUUGCCUGUUUUGUUCUUAGUUGGAAUGUUUUUUAAACAUGUGACAUCACUGACUUUACUCAUCAUGUUCUGUAUAUAAAUAAACAGCAUUAAUUCCAGUAUGAAGGUAGGCUGAGAUUUUUUCCUAUAUACAUGAAUUGAUAUGUGGACUCUACACAUUGACAAGUAUAUUAUUGCAUUGCUAAUUGUAAAGGACAAAAACCGAAUAGACAGAACAAUAAAGCGUGAUUUUUUGCAGAAGAAAUGCUGCAACCCACUUCGUACAAUUGUAACGUCAGCAUUGCGUAAAUUAGAACAAUAACAGUAUCCUCUCACUACUUCUCACACUACGCAAUAACCAAAGUUACUCUACGAAUAGCUCUCGUAAUAGGUAUACAACACUGUUCUUUUUUUAAUUUCUGUAUUUGUUGAAUGGCCCAUUCAAAGUUUGAUGUGGGAGUUGCAGAGCAGUUAUGUGGUGGGAAGUCUGAACUUGCAGGGGCCUCGACUACUUUGCUGCCCUGCUGCUGCUUCAUUGAAGUAUCUUUUACCUGCUUAUUAAUUUCCUCAACUUUACGUUUAUUACAUAUUUACAACGUAAAAAAUAUAAUUUAUUUACCUGAUAUUGCCAUUACUCUUAUCUUUCAUAACUAAGUUAAUGUGUUAUAAUUCUAUAACAUUAAAACAUAUCUCUAUUUGCGGUCGAAACAUUAUCGUUCUGAGCUUUCUCAACAAGUUUUGUAAUUAUUGUAAAUACAUGUGUGAACACGAAUGUUUUAAAUUUUUAAUGUACUGUUGCACAUCAUUGUCAGUGCUCUGUUAAUGUUGUUUAUUGCUUUAAAUGAAGUGUUUGAUUUGUUCAGAUAUAUAUUAUUUGUUAUAAAUGAUCAAUUUCUCAAAUAUGAAAUAUAUAUUUAUACGUUAUCACUGAAUAAAAAUAUAAUUUUUUCAAACGCAUAGUGUAGAUUGAUUUGCAUUCAGUGUUAUAAUAUACUAAUAAAUGAACAUAUUUUUAUAUUUACAAUAGCCUUGAACAUGUGUUAAGCUUGUUGUUGGAAGCUUUUAAAACGCUUCUAGGAAUUAUUGUGAGGUAUAUACUUAUGAGGCCUAUCUGUAAAAUUGUUUGGAGCCAAUGUUCCUUGUGUUCCCUGGAUGACCAUAGUAUCUAAUUAUAUGUACUGUACAUGUGUAAGCAUGUGUUAAAAACUGCUUGUAGAUUUACUGUUUAUCUCUACUGCUUUUUAUCACUCUUAAACCAUUUGGUAUAAACUAUAGAACUAUAGGCUUUAACUGAAAACUAGACACUAACUUCUGUUAUAUCCAUCUGUAAUUUCAGCUCUUAUUUUUCAGGAUCUGGAGUUUUGCUAAUGAACUAGGAAGAUCAUGUAUACAAAUUUGUGUAUACCCGAGAUCAUUAAAGUGUUUUUUCUGAACGUAUUGUAAAUGUAGACAUGUUUAUCAAUAAAGAUUGAAAACCUG